UUUUAUAAAAAUCUCCAUAUUAAAGAAAAAAAACCGGAAAUUCAUAUGUCAAGCACGCACAAUAAUAAAAAAUUAAACAAAAACAACAAAAAAUAUAUCAAUGCAGUUGCUUAGAAUAUGAAAGGCUAGAAAAAAAACAAAAUAAAAACAAAAACCAAUUGAAAACAUAACAAAACAAUCAAAAUAAUAACAAACCAGUUACACCAACAAAUACAUACAUCAUAUCAACAGCUACAACAAUAACAACAUUAUACCCAAAGUAAAUUGUAAACAAAGAUGUCGUCAACUUUAACAACUUGUACUUAAAGUUUUUCUUCUAGUUGUUGCUGUUGUAAUGCAAAUGUAAUAAAAUCUUAAAAACUGCUGCUACUUAACAUCCAGGAAAGGUCUCCUACAACAACUUUACCAACAAGCAAUAACAACACCUUAUUUUAACUAUAAAAUGGAGGGUUUAACAAAAUUUCGCAAUCGUUUUCGUACCACAAAAAUACCCUCCGAUGUGGAUGAUGGUUUGGAAACUCUAGAUGAAUAUCGCAUGAGAUGGCGUUCUAUAAGGGUUAUAUAUUUCACCAUGUUCUUAAUGUCUUUAGGAUUUAGCAUAAUAUUAACGGGAAUAUGGCCCUAUUUAAACAAGCUAGAUCCUACAGCGGGCAAAGAAUUCAUGGGUCUUAUAGUGGCCGCCAAUCCUUUGGGUCAAAUGAUUUUUAGCCCUUUAUUUGGUUGGUGGAGCAAUAAAAUCGGCACCAUACGUUUGCCAUUGCUAAGCUCUUUGGCAUUAUUCACGGUGGCCAGUGCCAUUUAUUCAUCUUUGGAAAUGCGUCCCGAUCAUGUGAAAUACUGGAUGUUGGCGUCACGUUUCCUAAUCGGUGUCAGUUCGGCCAAUAUAGCGGUGUGUCGUUCGUAUUUGUCGGCUGCUACCCGCUUGAGUGAGCGUACCAAAGCUGUUUCGAUGGUUUCUUUGGCUCAGGUUUUGGGUUUCAUUAUAGGACCGGGCCUGCAGGCCUUGGUAACGCCGUUGGGCAGUGAUGGUUAUGUUUGGCUGUGGGGUGGCAUGGUCUUUAAUAUGUAUACAGCCUGUGGUUGGAUAAAUGUUGUCAUGAGUGUGGGAAAUUUUAUCAUGUUUUUGCCCAAGAUAUUUGAGGAACGUAAAGUGGCUGCCCGUGAAAUCAUGAUAAUGCAGGGUAAAACUUCGGAAAAAGAAACCUGGAAGUCUAUUAAACCUGAUUAUAUAUCAGCCUGGACUUUAAUAGUAGCAUUCUUUGUAUUGGUAUUCAAUUUUGUUUUAUUAGAAACCUUGGGCACCUCUUUAACCAUGGACCAAUUUGCCUGGUCGAAUGACGAGGCCUUGUGGUACAUGGGUAUACUCAUGUCUGUGGGCGCUAUAGUGGCUCUCAUAACAUUUGUGGCCAUCAAUCCUUUGUGCAAAGUCUUUCCCGAAAAUCAAGUCUUAAUAUGGGGUGGUUUCUCCUUAAUGGUCUUGGGUCGUGUACUGUAUAUACCCUGGGGUGAUGGACCGGCGAAAAUAGCCGAGGUCUAUAAUGUAACCAUACCAUUGACGGGCAAUUCCACUAUAGAUCUAACACCAGAUAAUGAAAUAUUCUUGGGCUGCCCUAAGACACAAGCAUGGUGUGAAACAACACCGGCCCUUACGCUAACUCAAUUCAUAAUUGGUUAUGGUUUCACCUCAAUUGGUUAUCCCAUAGGUGUGACUCUAAUACAAACAAUAUUUUCCAAAGUUUUGGGUCCCCGGCCUCAAGGUGUUUGGAUGGGUUUAAUGACCGGUUCGGGUUGUUUGUCAAGAGUUUUUGGUCCCGUGUUUGUGGGUUCUAUUUACACAAGAUUGGGUACUUAUUGGACGUUUGGCAUAACCACCAUAAUGAUGUUGUUCUCCAUGAUAUGGCUGUUAAUUGAAAGGAAACGUUUAAUACCUCCUACCUUUGAUGGCUGCGAACCGGUGGAAUUGAAGAAUUUAAGUUCCAACAAAGUGGAAAAGAAUUUGGAUCUUAAAGAUAGAGAUGUGGAGGUAGAGCCCAAUGGCCAUAUAGAAGAGGAUUCUAAAUUGUUAAACAAUAAAAAUAACAUAGUUAUAGUUAAGGCCGAGGGAAAGUGAUAAAUUAAUUACUUAUUGUGCAAUUAUUAUUUAUAGUGAGAUGUAGAGGUUAAUUUCUGAUUUUAAUUCAAAAAAAAGAUUUAUUGCAAUAUUAGUUUAUCUAUGUAAAUGUCUUUAAGUACUUUAAUAUGUUUUUAAUUGUAUCUUAUAUAGUAUUAUUAACGUUUUAUUUUAGGUUUUGUGCUUGUUUUGUGUUGUCUGUAAUUAACUGCCUCUAAGAGUACAUAAUAUUGUUAAUACAAUAUAAUAAAUUGUUAGUUAAGAACACUUUUUUUUACAAUUAUAUAAACAAAAAAAACAAAA